AUGGACAAUGGCACGCUGAGCGGGUUCGCCGUAGAAUAUAAAGUGUCAUAUGAUCGUUUGACCUGGAUAGUUGUAAGCGUGAUAAUUUUUGCCGUACUUCUACUAGGAGUGAUUGUCCAGUUGGUGCGCCUGAUCUAUCACCGAAUACGUGGACGCUUGCCCUGUUUAACACGAGAGUAUAAAGAUACAAAAAGAAGCAAGAAGGAUGGGGUAUUAAAGGCAGUCAAAAGUAAAUGUGAUGAUGAACCUGACCAAGAUACCGAGAGAAGGGAGGCUGAUGGGAUGUUAGCGACAGCUGGGUAUAAAGAUGCAGGUGAACCUGACAGAGACAGGAUGGAGAGCAAUUGGUGGUGUUCGUGUGGGAACUGUCCUGUGAUGCAGCCUGAUGUACAGUGCCUUUGUUGCCGUGAACUCAAGAGAUGUCGUGAAAUUCAGACCAAUGGGUGUAUAAUUGAUUCUAAAGAAUUCCAAGUCAUAUGUCUUAACAAACCAUCUCUUCGAGUGUUUCUCUCUUUGAGGAGCAAAGACCAUCGAAUUCCUGGAAAUAUGGGGAACGAAUCAUAUCGGUUUGCCGCUUACAGGAUUUGGUCAGAUUACUUACACGGAUACAUGGGUAAAGGAGUUCGAAGGCCUCUUCCAGCCUGCGUGGUGACACGAGUACGCCAAGAGUUCCCCGAGGAGACAGGUGUCUACGUUGGCUUCGAAUUGGGGAAACGUGGGGAGAAGGAAUCAAAGUGCCUCUUACCCGAACAAUGAUGAACAUCCAGGAGACAGCAUCCCUAAUGCAGACACUGGAGCCGAAUGAAACUUUGUUCAACGUGUGGGUAUUGGGACAGGAUGAGUGCGAGUACAGCUUGAUGUUACCCCAAUCCGGCAUGGCUAACCGGCUCUUCUUGCGUUGGCUGUGUGAUUUCAGUCAACCCUUUCUAUUAUCUAUUAUUCUCUUUUUUUAAAGAAGAUGUUUGUGUAUGAAAUGUUACCUUCUCUAAGUUUCCCUUUCACCCAUUGUGUACGUUCACUCAACAUUGUCAUGAUUGUCUAUUAUCUAUUAUUAUCUCUUUUUUUUAAGAAAAAGUUUGUGUCUGAAUGUUCUCCUUUUUCUUAAUUUCCCUAUCACCCUACCGUAUCAAAAUAUACCAUACAAAAUACGCACCCAAGGUAUCCAUUUAGGCAAUAUAUUCCACAUAAUUCAUGUGGUAUAAUACUUUCUGUAUACUUAUGAGUAUGAUUGUGCAGAGCAAGUGCAUAUUUAUAUAAAAUUUACAUAUACAUUUUAAAACAUAAGCUUAAGCUUAGUUAUGUAUAUAAUGUACAAUGUAUAUGAUAGAUAUCGAUUUGCUUUUCGGAGUAUACUGUACACGUUUUUUUUUUUUUUUAAUAAUCUGCCCGGAGAACGCAAUGACGUUUGUUUUAUUUAGGUUUUUUUUUAAAUUUACAGAAUUUUCCACACUACUAUAACAGACU